CCCACCCUCACACACGAAUGUUGUGAUUAUAACGCCACAUGUUUCCGGUAACUUGCAUUGGGUUGAUUACACAUCAAUUUGAAUUAUUGUAACAACCUAUUUGUAGAUCUUGACUAGAAUUCUCGAUCUAAAUAAGUCUGCAAAAGAACGAAAUGAUAUUAAAUGAGUCUAAGGUGUCCAAGGCUGUGGACGCACUUCUGCAGCUUGUCAAGAACUCAAAAAAGCAGGACUCUCUAAUUGAAGAAAUAGAUGUGGUUCAGCUGCAAGUUUGCUUGAAAAAAAUUCCUCCUAAAGAAAAAUCAAUAAAAUUGAAAUUGCCACACUCAUUAGCAAAGCCAGAUCUUGAUGUGUGCCUCUUUGUAAAAGACCUGGAUAAAGAAGAAAGAGACUAUGAACCUACAGUUCAACAUUUCCAAGAUCUUUUCAAGAAAAAAGGGAUAACUACUGUCACAGAUAUUGUUCCUCUCAAGUCACUUAAAACAGAAUACAAGCCUUUUGAAGCCAAAAGAAACUUGUCGAAUGCUUAUGAUAUUUUCUUAGCAGAUUCAAGAAUAGUUCGUCUGUUACCAACAUACUUGGGAAAACAUUUUUAUGGAAAAAAGAAAACACCAGUGCAAGUCAAUCUACAGGCUAAAGAUUUAAGUAAAGAGCUUAAAAAAGCACUGGAUAACAGCAUAUGUACAAUCAGUUCAAAAGGAUCUUGCAGCCUUGCAGUCGUGGGAAACAUCCAGAUGUCCAGUAAUGUGAUUACUGAGAAUGUUGUUGCUGCUGUGGACCAAAUAACAAAUGCUGUAUCAGGAGGUGCUGACAAUGUGAAACUGCUAAGUUUAAAGACAAAAACUUCUUUGAGCAUACCUAUAUACUUGAAUGAAGGUGGUCCUCAAGCUAUAGUCAUUGAUCGUGAAGAAAAGAAUAAAGAAGUGGUUGAAGCAGAAGAGAUCACAACAUUAGUUGGUGCGAAAGUUAAAGUUUAUCCUAAUGGACGUAUACAGAUAAUCAAAGACGGGGAACCAGACAAGCCACCAGUAAAAAGACAGAUGAGGAAAAGGAAACGACAAUCACAAAGGAAAAUUGCAAAGCCAAAAAAAAUUAAAAUCUAAAUAAACAUUUAAAAAUCAA